AUGACCAGGGGUGCUUGGAUGUGUCGGCAGUAUGAUGACGGCUUAAAAAUCUGGUUUGCAGCACCCCGGGAGAACGAGAAACCGUUCACUGAUUCAGAGAGGGCUCAGAAAUGGCGACUGUCUCUGGCAUCUCUCUUGUUUUUCACAGUCCUGCUCUCUGAUCACUUGUGGUUCUGCGCCGAGGCGAAACUGACCAGGACCCGAGACAAGGAGCAUCAUCAUCAGCAACAGCAUCAACAGCAACAGCAGCGGCAGCAGGAGCAGCAACAGCAGCGGCAGCAGCAGCAGCAACAACAGCAGCAGCAGCAGCGGCAGCAGGAGCCCUCCUGGCCAGCGAUAUAUACUAGCAUGGGGGAGUCCUCGCCUACAGUACAGGCACACAGACUCCUCUCCUCCUCCUCAUCACCCACCCUCCCCCCCUCUCCCAGCAGCAGCGGGAGCAGCAGCGGCGGCGGCAACCGCGGAGGUAGCAGCAGUAGCGGCCACAGCAGCAGAGGACAAAAUCAUCAGAACAAGGCUAUUUUUCUAGGAAACUCUACCAAACCUCUGUGGCGCCUGGAGACGUGUUACCCUGAGGCCGCCUCCUCAGGCCAGUGUUUCAUAGUUGAGGAUGCGGACUCUGUGUGCCAGAGGAACUGGAGUCAGGUAGUAGAAGAGGAACCCCAGCAGCAGGUAACAGGGAAGCAUAAAACUCCUCACUUGAAGGAUUUCUACCUUCCCUUUUGUAAUUCCUAUACAUUUUGGGAGUUGUUCUCUGGGUUGUCCAAUCCGGACUCUUUGAACUGUAGUCUGGACGUGGUGCUCCAGGAGGACAGGAAGAGGACGAGCUGCAGGCAGUGCGUUGAGGCUUACCAACGCUACGACCACCACGCUCAGGAGAAAUACGAUGAGUUUGAGCUUGUGCUCAAGAAAUAUUUACAGUCGGAUGAGUACUCGGUGAAAUCGUGUCCUAAGGAUUGUAAGACUGUCUACAAAGCCUGGCUCUGUUCCCAGUAUUUUGAAGUCACACAGUUUCACUGCAGAAAGACAAUUCCUUGCAAGCAAUACUGUUUGGAGGUUCAGACAAGGUGUCCAUUUAUAUUACCAGACAAUGAUGAUGUCAUCUAUGGAGGACUCUCGAGUUUCAUCUGUACAGGGUUGUAUGAAAACUUUCCAGCCAAUGCAGAACCAGAAUGCUGUGAUGUCAGAUGGGGACUAUUGUCAGAUAACGAAUCCAAAGGGACUACAAAUAUAAAUGAAUCGUGUCACAGGACAUCGCUCACAGUUUCCUCAGCAUCAAGACUGUGCAACAGCAGACUCAAACUGUGUGUGCUGGUAUUGAUUCUCUUGCAUACAGUACUGACAGUCUCAGCAGCACAGAACACAACAGGACUGGGCUUUGGCAGCAUUACCACAUUGGACGACAAUUCAACUAACGAGGAAUAAAUGAAAGGAUAUGUCAUGAUAGACACUCAGCAGGCCCACAUGAAAUGAAUAACUGCAGUAAAAUGUAACAGAAACUGGGUGCUUUUACCCUUAAAUCACUUAUUGCAAGGCCUUUGGGGUAAAAUUUAAAAGAUGGGCCAGAAUCCAACCAACAAGGACACAAACACAGCUUUUUAUUGACUAAAAGGCUGUAUGGUGAUUUAAAUUUCUCACACCAUUUUAUACACUGUGUUUUAAUGUUUGAGGUUUGUUUUUCUUUUUGGUUUGUUUGUUUUUCCUUUUUGUUGGUUUGUUUGUUUUUUGCACUUGUUAAUACAGGAUCUUAUUUUUUGGGAUGGUUUCUCAAAGCUAAACUAAGUCUUUUCACUGUCUAUAUAUUUCUAGUCAUUGUGUGUGUUCAUCUGAUAGUUCUGUCUUUUAUGUCCUGUCAGUUUCUAUUAGAGGAAUGGUUGCUAUGACUUCAUGGCAUAGCAAAAAAAACAAAAAAACAAAAAAACAAAAAAACCACAAAAACAAAAAAAACAAAAACAAAACAAAAACAAAACAAAAAAACAAAAAAAAAACAAAAAAAGAAAAAAAAAGAAAAACCUAACUGUCCCUUCUGCCCAUGGAAACCAUCUCCUUCCCUAAGCCCUUCCCUUUCCAGUUUCCUUCCCCUUCCCCUUCCCCUUAAGCAAACAACAUCUGCUUGCUUCUGUCUGUGUAAUCACAAUGAAUGGGCACACUCUAUCAGUGUGACUCUGCCACUGUUGCACAAACCAGCUGACUGAGCAAACCCAAAGGGGCAUGAUGGGGGUCCCUUUUAGCUGAACAAACAAGUGCUCUCCAUAUAAGGUGGAAUCGGACAGUUAAUUUUUACAUAAAAUGAAACAAAACAAAGCAAAAAAAGCAAAAACAAAAACACUAUAACAAACUGUGUUGCUCCAGUUCCCAUUUCAAAGAAGUCCAGUCCUUUCUCACUGGUCAGUUGAACAGGAGCAGCCUUUUUUAGAAUACAGUACGUGAAACCAGUUAAGCUCAGCAAGUGGACUAGUUGGGAGGCCUUCCUUUUGGAAGUAUGAGGUUGGCAUUCAUUGUGAAUUACGUUUUUGGUUCUGCAACAGUUAUCUAACCAGCAAAUAUCCGUAAUGUUUGGAAGAAGGCAAAGAAAAAGAAAAAGAUGUUGGCAUCACUUUUUUCCCCUUCUUGACAAAGAAAGUAGAAACACUUAAGCACCUGUUGUGCAAAGGAUAAGUGUGAUUUUGAAUCCAUUGUUUUCUGACAUGUUGUUAAGAGCAACUUCAGUUAAGGGUGCACAGCAAUGCAUUAGCACAGAUGAACAACCUGUUUGUUUUUUAAAAUAAAUAAGUCAGCUGUUUUCAUUAGUGUGCAAUAAACAGCUAUCCUAUCUAGCUAUCAGUAGACCUGGGAAAAGAUUAAUCUGAUUGCCAUUUUCAUCGCUUUUUUUUU